UUUACUCUCAAGUCUCAACAUCAACAAGUUAGGUUCAAAUUAAUAUUAAAUUAAUCUCUCCCCUUGAGAUUCAAAUUUUAUCACACGGACAUUAUAUGAAUAUGAAUUAAGAAGCAUCCAAGCUACUUCUUCCUUCUGCAACCCCUUAAUUUCAGUUAUAUUAGUUUUGAUACUGUCAUUGCAACUCUCUAAUACUUAAUUUAUCUCACAUCCUUUCCAGAUUUGAGAUCUUCACCGCCGAACCUUCUUCUCUCUUUCCCCGCUCUUCUCCUCUCCAACUAUAUAUAUCUAUAGUUCUGCACCAUUACCAUAGUCUUAUAUAUAAUUUCUAUCCUUCAUUUGGUUAUGGCUUCAACUUCUCGUGAUCAUUAUUUAAUUAAAACAACCAAAUAUGCCUCAAAGCCUACCCUUUUACUAAAGGACUACCUCAGAGACGACCUGAGCUCAGGUUCAUCGAGCGGUUUCAAAUCAUUCCCACGCCGACAAUGCUGCACCACCGUUGGAUUCCACCUCGAGACAGAUCUCAAACUCCAACGCAAAAAAAGGAACAGUAAACUCCCUCGACGAAAGAAUCAAACGGUUCUGCAGAGAGCUUCAGAAGCAGUUAUAACUGCCAUCAAGUUACUUCCCUUGUCCUUAUCCUCACAAACCAAGAAAGCUUCCACCAGUCUUCUUUCUAGAAGCUUCUCGAGGAGGCUGUUAAGCCGAAGAUUCUGGAAAAAAGCAGAGAAGGAACAGGGAAGCGAAGGUGUACCGAGGUACAGGAGAUCUUUCCGCGAACUUCUUAUGCUGGAACCAGAUUAUAAAACGACGUCGUUUAAUGAGGAUACGAACACUAUAUUCACUACAGCACCAAGUAUCACCACCGUGUCUUCAGAUUGUUGCAGUAACAGUUGGGGAGAAAGUGAGUUCACAUUUUCAUCAAACGCUACUUCUUAUGAUAGCUCCGCCGAAAAUUACAUAGUGGACGGUGUCAAAGACGGCGUUCCCCAUCAGCACAAGAUAGAAGGAGUUACAACUACGGAAUGGUCAAAGGAGAAGGAGCACUUAAGUCCUAUAUCGGUACUAGAUUGCCCAUUUGAAGAUGAAGAAGAGAUGAAGUCUCAUUCCAUGAUUAAUUCCUUCUUUGAAGGAGCAGAACAAAAGUAUAUGCAGAUGAAGACACGACAUUUCGAGAACGUAGCUUCAGUAGAGCCAGUGAAUUUAGAGAACAAAUGGUCACAAUUUGAAGAUGAAGAACCCCACUACCAUUCUACAAACCAAUGUUUGAUGAUUAACGCAGAGAAUCUACUGUUUGAUUACUUCCAACAGAGUAUUGAAGAAAAUAAUGACUUUAAUCGUUCAAACAAGCUUAACAUUUGCAAGGUAGUUGAGGAUUGGAUACAAGGGAAACCACAAGAACCGUAUUUGGGUUGGGAAGUGAAAGAGGGAAGACAUGUCUACAUUAAUGAGAUGGACAAAUGCGGAGAGUGGAAAAGCUUUGAUCAAGAAACAGAACAACUUGUUCUGGAGCUUGAAAAUCAGGUCUUAACUAGUUUGGUUAACGAGAUUGUCAUUGACCUUGCGAUAUGCUAGUAAUCUACGACAUAUUAUUGAUCCUGCAACGGAUAUUGGAACACAAAUAAUGGUAAUAAUUUUAAAAAAUAAAUUAAUUGAAUAUAUUGGUGUUAUAGAUCUAGUAAUAUUGGGUUCCAUUGUUUUUAUAUUUUAAGGAUUUUAAUUUUUGUCACGUUCUCUCUAUCUCAGGGAAACAGACAACUAAAUUUUGUAGGACAAUUUUUAGAUUUAGUUUUGGUGGAUUUCUUCCUAGUUAAAGUAAGUGAAUCAGUUAAUUUUCUAAAAGUCUUUUAACAUUUA